CUCCUGUUCCUUGGUAAUAGCCCAGAAUAAAAUAAUGAUGAUGCUUAUUAUGUAUGAUGGAGACUGAAGAUUAGCUGAUGGUCUAGGUACUGUACCUCAAAAAGCACACCACAACACCCUCACAAAACAGGAUUCACCAGGCUACGGAGUAUCUGGGACCCAAUGCGGAGGUCACACUCGUCCAGGAACGAUCCCUCCCUCCAUGCUGGACGCAGCCAUAACCAGGUGUUGGUGGUUGGUGGUGGGCGACGGCGGACUUGUGUGGAUUCGCUGCUCGGCUGGGAAAUUCAGGCCGGCUGGAGGAGGAGCAGGGAUCUACGAAUUGCUUAGCUUUUUGCACCUUGUCGCCGCCAUCCGCUGUGGGCGGUCGAAUCAGAGGCUUGAUAGGAUGCACUGAUCCAAUGCACCAGCGGCAGCAAAACCUCCACUGAAUGGAAGCGUCCGGAGGGGAAGGGAAAAACCCAUUCGCAGACACGGUACCAUACAGUGUUGCACUCCGAUGGAUCAGACGAAGAAAAAAAGGCGACAGCGACGCGUGCUGCCUGCCUGCGACAGAAACAGGAACAUCACGGGUUUUGGCGUCUGGCGUCUGACGUUUGGGACUGGCGUGAUCCUUUUCCGCCUUUCGCCUGUCGCUUCCAUCCACUAAACCACCACGGAGCACCGUGUUUUAUUAGGGGCUGUCAUGGAGCCUCGGGGGGGACAGUAUUGGCUCCACACAAAUGCUGCAUGCUUGCUGGAUGAAGAUGCUUGGACUCUCUACACCCGUAACAAUUGCGUUUGUCUGCCUGCUGCUUGGACUAUGUGACGGUGAGGAAAAGAAAAGAAUCGCCUUGUUCCCGCAGCAAUAAGGCGUCAAGCAGUACGUUUGUCUGGCAGAAACGCUGCAGUUGCAAAUGAAAGCAACAAGCCCAAACCGCAGCAUGCGAGCCACGAACUCCAGCAACCAGCCGGUGGUCGCCGUUUACCAGUUACGGAUAAUCGUUACCUUUUUAGCUGCCCGGGGCCUCCGUUGAGUCUGGUAUCGAGAAACCAAGUUGGUGUCAGCAUGGCGGCCAAGACUUCCCAAGUCAGGCAAGGUUCUCGUUACUGAAUUACAUACGACACUGCACCGUUUGAAGGGAGACGGAGCAACUGUGCCGGUAUCAGGAAAUCUCGAAAAGAGUCUUUGUCUUUUUUGAUAGAAAUAAAGACUUGUUUCUCGCCGAGGCCAAUUCUCACGUUUUCAAGAUUCGAGCCUCUGUCCUGUUUGUUUGUUGCUCUUUUUGACAUUGGAUGGCCGCUCGUUCAGGCCUCCUGAUCGCCCAGAUUUCAAGUCUACGGGGCGGCGCCGAACUGCCACCAAAACGCCAUACAGCAAAGCCUCUUGAGCCCGUUCUUUCUUUUUUCCCUACUGGCCCUCCCUCAUGACUGCAAAACCGAGACAGCCGGGUCGCUGACCCUGGUGAAGAUACGGAACAGGGACGGUGCUUGGUGGAGAGACAUGGAAGUGCAUGUUGAGAGGUUGAGAGAGUGGGGGUUUGCAUAAACCAACCUCUAAAACUUUGAACACAAGCACGAUGCAAGAGACACAAAGAUCGAAUACAAGGACAAACACAAGCACAUGUCGACUUUUGGAAGUGCUCUGUAUACUUCGUAACUGUCGGUGAUUCUUUUCUUGUGCUCAACAUGCCGAAUCUGCGCCAAUGCAUUAUCCACAUAAAACCAGCUCCAAAAGUGGGUAUGUGGGGCUUGGAGGGCUUACGUCAGGAGGGGGUGUUCGGGAACCACUCUGAUGGAACGUCUUCAAGAUCGUGGCUCUUGGAUAUCACUACAAAACGGCGCAAACCUUCUGGACGGUUUUUUCUUGAUAGGACACCUGACCAUUAAUCAGGCGUGCACUAUAGACCCUUCAGAUCAGAAGACGAGCUCAGAUAGAAAUGAUUCCGCCAGCUUGGAAUACCUAUCUAUACCCAGGAGGGUGGUGAGGCACAGCCGCGUGGAGAAGGGAACAUUAUUCAUUCACCUCGGCCAUUAUCCAAUGCCAUUGUUUCCACAAGGUCUGGCCUUACGGAGUCCGUCUCUGGAAGGAGCUUCUUUGAUGUUGCUCUCCCUACACACAGCCUGCUCUUCUGUAUUUCUUUGGGCCUUGUUUCCUAGUUUAUCAGCCGCUAAUGCGGGCAGCAUCACGUCUUUCGGGCACACCAACACCAUCGCAGCCAACGACCUGAGCAGAUGCAUCGCGCGGUUCCAAGAUUUGGUUUUCUGCUUGCUGCGCGUAUUCAUUGAAGCUUGGCGUGUUCGCGUUUAAUGGACAAAGUGAUUGCUGGCCAAUGGGACGGUAUCAGGGACGACUGCCCCCGCCCGACGGAGUUGUAAGAGGCGGGCAGCUGCAAAACGCAGGUCAGGAACCGGCAGCAGCUCGGAGAUUCAAUGGCCAGGGGCUAAAGUGGCAUCAGCAUCAACCUCAUCUCGAACAUCAUCCUCCAGAUAUCGAUAGCAGCAGAAGCGCCCAACAGUCCGGGUCUGCAAUAUCGAGGACGUGGAUGCAGCCCAUAGCAGCUGCCAGUUGAGGUCUGACAAUGCAGAGUUUCCAGACGUCAGGGCCGUGGUGUUCCUUGCACAAUGCAUAUCUCUUGGGAAAUGGCGGGCCGGCAGCCAAUCAGGAGCCCGUAACGCGGUUCUGCACGACGUGGGAGAUCCAAUUUAAUUCAUGCGUGUCAUGGCGAGCCCAAUCCACCACAGGCUCCAGACUGCUUCCAAAACAUUCACUGCCCAUUCUUCAGAAACACAGCUGUCAACUGUAACCGGGACAUGACAGGUUAGCGCGCGCGGAGCUUGGUCUGCCCCGUGUUGCGGCCGGCCUUCCCGAGUGACCCGGGAAGGCUCACGAUGCCCGAAUGAUCUCUUGACACCGAGCAUUCUCAAGCCCAAGGCCGUUUUCAUCGACCGCAGGUGUGUCGCCAUCGCAUCUCACCUCUCCCAGUCGGUCUGUUUACCCAGUCUCAUGUGCCAUGGCGGCAGAAAAACAAAGACGCACGACACGCUUUGGGUGACCACCAUCGACCACACCGCCGACCCCUCCAUUCGAUCGAUCAGACAAAUGCCACUCGCCCAGCUUCUGCUACAACAAGAGUGUCUGCCAAAGUGCCAGACAGCUAGCCAGCCGGACCUUGCCAACGGCGGGCACACCCGAGCCUCAACACGACAGAACUCCUUCUAACGACUCGCCACCAUAUGUCGUGUCACCGAGGUCCAGUGAGGUUGUGAAUGUUCAACCCGCCUUGUGUUUGGCCAGAUUGAUUGCCGCUGCAUUUCCGUAGUACAACGGGCGCUUUGACGAUGGGCGGGUGCACUUGUACAAGUCCUCGUCUCUUUGAUACCAUGAUACCGACAACUGGAGUUGGGUUCUUUAUUGUCAAGAGACAAACACAUCCACCCCGCAAUAUCCAAUCCCGUCGCCCCUCGCCUACAAUCUAAUCCCGCAUACGGGAAGCUAUCACAGCCAUCACAGCCGGCAUCAGAUUAAUGUUGCUUGUGGAGCUAGCUGCUGGCCAGCAGCACCGUCCACACGCGUGUAAGACAUGCUGACGCUUGACUCACUGCCGGACAGAAACAUUGGCAUCAGAGGUAAUCCCAGAAAAGAACUCUUGGUGUAUUGUGUCGCAAAGCCACGAGAUUGAGGGUUUGCUUACGUACCUGGAACCUGUCCUGCCUUCUUAAUAUUGCUGUUAUUAUUUUGUUUGUGCCAGGGCCACGCCUCUUGACGACAAUAGCGGAGCGGGUUUUAUAGUGUCAACCCCCAGAUUUCCCGACGGCACGGGACGGAUACAUCCAUCUUUAUCCCUCCAUCCACUCAAUUGACUGCUCGGGAUUCUUCCUGCCAUCUGUCUAGGUACGGGUGGGCAGCUUUCGUAAUGGUUGCCAUACUUACCGUGAAACCGGAAGUUGAUUAUCAAGAGGGUUUUGGAUUCCUCGUAUCUGCAUCUCCUUUUCUUGCCUCUUUUGCCCCUCUUCCAUACCAGGAUCGCAUGGUGAACAAGAUUCGGAAAUGUUCAGCAGUCCCAAGCAGCAGAUGAUCUUCGAUUUAUGGCUGGCUGGCUGAGGAGCUAUCGACUGCAACAAAUGAACAAAGCACGUUCACCACAGGCAGCACCCACCUCGAAGAGCAAGGCUCCAAAGGAGAAGCGAGCUUAUGCAUGGGUUCGGUGAUAGAGCCUGUCUGUCGGUACACAGCCCAAAUGGUUGCCUCUUGAUUGCGCAGAAUGCUAAGCAGCUGCAAAAAUGAGAGAUCACUUUUAACCGUCCGGGAGUCCGAGAAGAGGCCGUGGCCGUUAUCGUGUCCGUGUGUCUGUCUGGCAACAACAAACAAAACAUCCAACCGACAAACCUGAUUCCUUAACGGGCUUUCAUCAAAGAUAAUCACGAUGGCGACCAACAACAAAAUACAAGCACUCGGACACCAAUCGCCCGUCAUCUACAAAGAUGACAUGAAACUGGAAAAUCGAGCUCCUGCCAGCACACCAAGGAGGGGUAAUCUGAGCUGUGUAUUGCGAUUGGCCGUACCAACAAACUGGAUGAAGACCCUCAGCUCGGCCUCUGCCGAUUGUGUUGAUAAGUUUUACCAGUCGGAGGUUUGA